GAUUGCCUAGCACUAGCAGCGAUGUCUCAACUGUACUACCGGAGGACAGACAACUCCUCCUACAGGGACCGGAUCCCUCUGAGGAUUGUCAGGGCCGAGUCUGAACUGUCUGGCCUGGAAAGGAACUACCUGGGAGCAGUGGAGAAAGGAGACUACGCCUCAGUCAAACAGGCUCUAGAGGAGGCAGAGAUAUACUUCCGGAUCAACAUUAACUGUAUAGACCCUUUGGGCCGCACAGCUCUGCUGAUCGCUAUAGAGAAUGAGAACCUGGAGAUUAUAGAGCUGCUGCUCACCUAUAACGUGUACGUCGGUGAUGCUCUCCUACACGCCAUCCGUAAAGAGGUGGUGGGGGCCGUGGAACUGCUGCUCAACCACAAGAAGCCCAGCGGGGAGAAACAGGUUCCUCCCAUCCUAUUGGACAAGCAGUUCUCUGACUUCACUCCUGACAUCACACCCAUCAUCCUAGCAGCUCACACCAACAACUAUGAGAUCAUCAAACUGCUGGUGCAGAAGGGGGUGUCUGUGCCCCAGCCACAUGAGGUGCGCUGUAACUGCAUGGAGUGCGUGUCCAGCUCUGAUGUGGAUAGUCUUCGUCACUCCCGCUCACGUCUCAACAUCUACAAGGCCCUGGCCAGCCCAUCACUCAUAGCCCUCUCCAGUGAAGACCCUUUCCUCACAGCCUUCCAGCUCUCCUGGGAACUGCAGGAACUCAGCAAGGUGGAGAAUGAGUUUAUGUCGGAGUAUGAAGAGUUAUCUCAGCAGUGUAAACAGUUUGCCAAGGACCUGUUGGACCAAACCAGAAGUUCCAGAGAACUAGAGCUGAUCCUGAACUACAGAGAUGACAUCAACCCUCUACUGGAUGAGAACACCAACGAUCUGGCCAGACUCAAACUGGCUAUCAAAUACAGACAGAAAGAGUUUGUAGCCCAGCCUAACUGUCAGCAGCUGCUUGCGUCUCGUUGGUACGAUGAGUUCCCUGGGUGGAGGCGUCGUCACUGGGCAGGGAAGUUCCUAACCUGUGUCUUCAUCGGCCUCCUCUUCCCCCUCUUCUCCUUCUGCUACCUGGUCUCUCCUAAGAGCCGCUAUGGACACUUCAUCAGGCAACCCUUCAUCAAGUUUAUCUGCCACACAACGUCGUAUCUCACCUUCCUGUUCCUGCUGCUGCUGGCUUCCCAGCACAUCGUCUCAACAGACCCCAACAGACAGGGGCCGACUCCUACUGUGGUGGAAUGGAUGAUACUGCCCUGGGUACUGGGCUUCAUCUGGACAGAGAUUAAACAGAUGUGGGAUGGAGGGUUCCAGGACUACAUCCAUGACUGGUGGAACCUCAUGGACUUUGUUAUGAACUCUCUGUACCUGGCUACCAUUUCUCUGAAGAUUGUUGCCUAUGUCAAGUACAGUGGCUUCAGGGCCAGGAACGAGUGGCAGAUGUGGCAUCCUACCUUGGUAGCAGAGGCUGUGUUUGCCAUCGCUAACAUCUUCAGCUCCCUCCGCCUCAUCUCUCUGUUUACAGCUAACUCCCACCUGGGACCUCUACAGAUCUCUCUGGGCAGGAUGCUGCUGGACAUCCUUAAGUUCCUGUUUAUCUACUGCCUGGUGCUCCUGGCCUUCGCUAACGGGCUCAACCAGCUCUACUUCUACUACGAGACAGACGAGGGACUGAAGGGAUGCAAGGGCAUCCGCUGCGAAACACAGAACAACGCUUUCUCAACGUUGUUUGAGACACUCCAGUCUUUGUUCUGGUCUGUCUUUGGGUUGAUCAGUUUGUAUGUGACCAACGUGGAGGCAGACCACCAGUUCACAGAGUUUGUAGGGGCCACCAUGUUCGGAACCUAUAAUGUCAUCUCUCUGGUGGUUCUACUCAACAUGCUGAUCGCCAUGAUGAACAACUCAUACCAACACAUCGCUGAUCAUGCAGACAUUGAGUGGAAGUUUGCAAGAACCAAGUUGUGGAUGAGUUACUUUGAAGAGGGAGGGACUCUACCUUCUCCAUUCAACAUCAUCCCGAGCCCCAAGUCAAUCUGGUAUUUCAUCUGCUGGAUCAGGAAACACAUCUUCAAGAUCACCAGGCCCAAGAAAACAGAAACAUUUGGAACCAUAGGGAGACGGGCUGCUAUAAAUGUACGAAUAAACCACCAGUAUCAGGAGGUUUUGAGGAACCUGGUGAAGAGAUAUGUAGCAGCCAUGAUCAGAGAUGCCAAGACAGAGGAAGGACUGACUGAGGAGAACUUUAAGGAGCUGAAGCAGGACAUCUCCAGCUUUAGGUAUGAGGUCCUGGGGAUGAUGAAGGGGAAGGUGGGGCCUGGGGGUGGGGGCGUGGCUAUAGCAGGAAGUAAACCCAGUGAAGUGGCAGGGGCCUCCAGUCUGGUCUACCCUGACCACUCCUUCAAGUACUCCCCCAAGUUCCCCCCGGCCACGCUUAAGACCAACAUGUUUCACGUCACCACAUCCAUGCUCCAGCAGAGGGCAGCCCCCUCCUCCACCUCCUCGUCCACAUCCCCUUCCACCUCUCAGGGCUUGAACCGACUGGUCAACGCCUCUGUGGUACCCUCUUGGACCUCCACUGACACCUCCUCCAUCCCCACCUCCUCCACUUCCAUCUCCUCUCCCUCCUCCACUCCCUCCAUCAAAGACGGACUGGCCAGGAAAGACAUCUGUGACUUUGGGCUCUACUCUGUGUCUGAGGAGAUGGGGGAGGCUGACCUGGAGGAGCUGGACUGUGAUGGAGAGAAGGAGGAGCAGGGUGGAGCGAGGGAGAGGACGUGUACAGAGAAGGAAGAAAACGAAGAGAGGGGAGAGUGA